AUGGAGCAAAUAAUAGAUAACAACGAUACAAGUGAGGACGAUGCUCCCAUCAAGAUCCAGAACGAUUCGGGUACAGCAGACAAAAAACAGGAGCUGUACGCACAAUUAGACAUUGUAAAUAGUAACCAGAAAGGUAACAUCGUGGAGGAGCUUCCGCAACAGGAGGAAUUUGUGUCAGACUUCGAUACUAUGAUAGAGCGCAGGAAAGCCGAACGGUCCCGGUGUCGUAAACGAAACAAAGAUCAUGACUGCGAAAAGUAUGAGGAACUUGUAGUGCAACUACUGCACCGGAUGAGGCAGGCUGCCAUCCAGGAUCGAUUGCUAAACGUAGCAAACAAACCGGCCACUAAGAAGAUAGCCAUCCUGCACCAAGUCAUGCAGCUGUUGAUCAAGAAAGAUCUCCAGCACGCCUUUAUCUACCACAACGUGCUGUGCGUACUGACCGAUUGGAUCGCACCGCUUCCCAAUAAAGCGCUGCCCUGCCUGCAAAUCCGCACAGGUGUGCUGAAGCUGUUGCUUGAUUUCCCAACGAUCGAAAAAUGCUACCUAAAACAGUCCGGAAUAGGUAAAGCGGUAAUGUAUCUGUACAAACACCCAGACGAAACGAAAGAUAACAGAAUGCGUGCUCACACACUGCUCGCCGGCUGGUUUCGGUCGAUUUAUAACAUCAGCACCAGCUUCAACGAGAUGUCGCUGGAGGAACGUCGCCAGCAAGAUCUGCUGCAGCAGGUACCAUGCAGCAAGCGAUCCAUCCCACCGGUAGCCGUUCCUGCCAACCGAUUGAUUAUCGAUCCAGACUUUUCGCUGUUCACCCCAAAGAUCGUCACCAAACGGCCCGGUGAUAGAGCCUGGUCCUAUCGGGCGCGUGUACCAUGUCAAUCGGACAAAGUGUACAUCGUGCGACCGAAAUCACAGAUUGAAUUCAACCAUCGGUCAAAACAGCAGCUUAAUCGCUACCAACAGUGUAUGAAGAGGUUUUACGAUAUGAAACGUAAGAGCAUGGCCCGUCCACUGGUAAGCCUAUCCAUUGAAGGCACUAAAUUGCGAGACUUUUAA